CAGUAAACAGCAUGGCGGCGGCCACGCAGCGUUUCGGCGUAGCGGGGAGACACUUUUUAAAGAAUUUUCUGAACACAAGAGCCAUAAACAGGACCAUAACUGGGUCCAGUUGGCGCCGGUCCACUCAAGCGGUCAGUCAGGUGGUAUUAAAUGUACCUGAGACUAAAGUCACAACCCUUGACAACGGGCUGAGAGUGGCAUCAGAAGACUCUGGAUUGUCCACAUGCACUGUUGGUCUGUGGAUUGACGCUGGAAGCCGUUAUGAAAAUGAGCUCAAUAAUGGGACAGCCCACUUUCUGGAACACAUGGCGUUCAAGGGCACCAGGAAGAGGUCACAGCUUGACCUUGAGUUGGAGAUUGAGAAUAUGGGAGCGCACCUGAAUGCGUACACCUCCAGAGAGCAGACCGUGUACUAUGCUAAAGCAUUUACUAAAGAUCUACCCAGAGCGGUGGAAAUUCUUGCUGACAUCAUUCAGAACAGCACGCUGGGAGAGGCGGAGAUCGAGCGGGAGCGUGGAGUCAUCCUCAGAGAGAUGCAGGAAGUGGAGACCAACCUGCAGGAAGUUGUCUUUGAUUACCUGCAUGCUACAGCCUAUCAGGAGACACCUCUGGGGAGAACCAUCCUGGGUCCUACGGAGAACAUCAAAACAAUAAACCGAGGAGAUCUGGUGGAGUACAUCACAACACACUACAAGGGGCCAAGAAUUGUAUUAGCUGCAGCCGGAGGUGUAUCACAUAAUGAACUUAUUGAUUUGGCCAAAUAUCAUUUUGGAAGGUUGCCAGCCAGAUACAGUGGAGAAGCAUUAUCGCCGUGCCAUUUCACUGGCAGUGAGAUUCGUGUGAGAGAUGACAAGAUGCCUUUGGCUCAUAUAGCCAUCGCAGUGGAGGCCGUUGGCUGGUCACAUCCAGAUACCAUCCCACUGAUGGUGGCCAACACGCUCAUCGGGAACUGGGAUCGGUCUCUUGGAGGUGGCAUGAACUUGUCCAGUAAGCUGGCACAGAUGGCGUGCCAAGGGAACCUGUGCCACAGCUUCCAGUCGUUUAACACUUGCUACACAGACACCGGUCUGUGGGGACUUUACAUGGUGUGUGAGCCGGGAAGCGUUGGCGAGAUGAUGCAUUUCACGCAGAUGGAGUGGAUGUCUCUGUGCACGAGUGUGACAGACAGUGAAGUUAAUAGAGCUAAAAAUCUGCUGAAGACAAACAUGCUGCUUCACUUGGAUGGAUCUACACCUAUUUGUGAAGACAUCGGGCGGCAGAUGCUGUGUUACAGCCGUAGGAUUCCCCUACAUGAGCUGGAGGCCAGAAUAGAAGCCAUCGAUGCCACAACCAUCAAGGAUGUGUGUAUGAAAUACAUCUUUAAUAAAGCUCCCGCUAUAGCGGCUGUCGGUCCGAUCGAGCAGCUCCCGGAUUAUAACAGGAUCCGCAGCGGCAUGUAUUGGUUAAGACCAUAAAGAUUCUGCUAAAUCAACAGAACUUCACAUUGUUUUUGUUUUUUUCUCCUGUUUAUUUUAUUAUAAAAUAAGAACAACACAAUAAAGUUAAAAGACCAAGUGGUGUGUGUUUUC